AUGGAUGCCCUCUGCGCUUUUCCAGACACCAACCCUUGGCUUCCUCGCACACCCACCGUUCCGCUCCCGCCCAGGGAGCGCCUGGGAGGCUCACCUGAACGCCCGCUCCCCUCCCUCCGGCCAAUCCUCAACCCAGCCCCGUCGGGUGAACAUCAGCGCGCUGGAACCGAGGCCCUAGAUGAGGAGAGGCCGCCACCCAAGGCCCCGCAGAGAAGCGAGGCGUGGAGGUGUACGUCCCUCCACUCGGCCCUGGUCCCGCCGCCCGCACCUCACCUGAGCCACGGGGCGCUCACUGCGCGUCGCCGGCCCGCGGGCCGCGGCCGGGCCGGCGCCGACCGGCUGCUCCCGGGCGCGUGUCGCGCCAGCCGUGGGCGCUCCGGGCGUCGCCGCAGGCUCCCGCCCUGGGCGCUGGGCCCUGGGCCCGCCGCACGCGCCUGGCGGACCCCGGGGGUGGGCGCGGCGGUGAGCGGGGCCCGGCGGCGGCCGGGACGCCGGGCGGAGGCGCAGCGCUGCCUGCGGCCUCGACGGGAGGCCGGGCGGGCCGCAGGGGGCUCCGCCGCCGCGGGGCUGCGCCCGGGUCGCCGUGCGCCAGUGACUAUCGCUGCGCUCCCCGCUUCCCCUCCGGUCAAGUGCGGGGAAUGA